CCUUUCUUUUCUUUUCAAUUCAUGCAUCAGAAAAACAAGGUUUCCCACUCCGACCAUAUUACCCCUAAACUAGAAUUUUCUUACAUUAAUCAUAACAAAUUAACAUACUUGAACUACUACAUUAAAAUAUACUUUAGGGAUCUAAAAAGAAAAGGAAGGGGAAAAGGGAGGGAAGGGAGGGAAGGGGCUUCAUUGUCAAUUCCAAAGGACAGGCUGCACCCAUCCUCUGUGCCUGAUUUUAAGUGGGUGUGCGCGGGAUCAAUUGUCAGAGAAGAGAGAGAUAGAUAGAAAGGAAGAAAGGGGGAGAGAGUCACGGGUUUGUCUUGAAAGGCCCUUAUUUCACAGUCCUAGACAGACAGACACAUAUUCUCUCUCACUACAAAACCGAGAAGGGAAACAAAAAUAUACCCACAAUAAACACAAAAAAAUUGCAAUAACAGUGCCGCUUGUUCACAGUAACAACACCCCCCCUUCCCAACAUUUUUAUCCCAUCCAAGAAUCGCCCCUCAAACAUCUGUCCUGAUCUCCUGCUCCAAACCCCUUCUAUUUUCCCUCAGGCCUCUAUCCUUUCUCUCCCUCUCUUUCAUUAAGGCACAGUUCCUGUUUUGAUCUUUCAAUGGCUCUGAUGCUUGAUAAUUGUGAAGGGAUAUUACUAUCACUAGACUCCCACAAAUCAGUGCCAGCACCAUUCCUCACAAAAACCUACCAACUAGUCGAUGAUCCCACCACAGACCACAUAGUUUCAUGGGGUGAAGAUGACACUACUUUCGUAGUUUGGAGACCUCCUGAGUUUGCUCGUGAUCUCCUUCCAAAUUACUUCAAGCACAACAAUUUCUCUAGCUUUGUCAGACAGCUCAACACUUAUGGUUUUAGGAAGAUUGUACCAGACAGAUGGGAGUUUGCUAACGAGUUCUUCAAGAAAGGAGAAAAGCACUUGCUUUGUGAGAUCCAUAGAAGAAAAACUGCGCAGCCACAAGGGGGUAUAAACCAUCAUCAUCAUCAUCACCACCCACAUUCUCCUUUGAUUAAUGCCCCGAGUUUCUUUCCAUUUCCAAGUCGAGUCAGCAUCUCUUCAACUGACUCAGAUGAACAAGCCAACUGGUGUGACUCACCACCACUUUCCUCACCAAGAGGAGGCACUGGCGUCUCACUUGUUGGUGGCGGCGGGGGUGGGGGAUAUAACAGCUCGGUCACAGCUUUAUCAGAGGAUAAUGAGAGACUGAGAAGAAGCAACAAUUUGCUUAUGUCUGAACUAGCCCAUAUGAGAAAGCUUUACAAUGAUAUUAUUUAUUUUGUUCAAAACCAUGUUAAGCCUGUCACUCCUAGCAAUUCUUACUCUCCUUCUUUGCUUCUUUGUGGCCCUCCUUCAUCUUCUACUCCUUCCGUUGUUAAUACCAAUAGUUCAUUAUUGCAAAAGCCUUUGAACCAGCUUCUUGGAUAUUAUCCAAAUAGUCCCAAGCCCCAAGUUCAGGUUUUAAACUCUCCAACUGCUACAUCCCAGAGCUCCUUAACGAUUGUGGAAGAACCAAGCAGCAAUAGUUGCAAAACAAAGCUCUUUGGUGUGCCUUUACAAUCAAAGAAGAGGUUGCACCCGGAGUAUGGUGCAGCUAACAUGGAGACUAACAAGGCACGUUUGGUCUUGGAGAAAGAUGAUUUAGGGUUGAAUCUUAUGCCUCCUUCUACAUGUUAGUUUCUCAUUUCAAGAAUAUUCUAGCUUCCUUUUUGAACUUCUUUCUUUUCUUUUCUUUUUUUUUUUUUAAGUUUUUGUUUGAUUGUCUUUGUUUAUCUCUUAGAGUCUUCUGAUAUUGUUUACGGAAAUUGUCUGCGUGGGGUGUGUGGGUGUUUGUGUCUAUGUAUAUAAUUUUAGUGCCGGUAAUAUUUUGUUCCUUCCUAGCCACAUGAAUGCAGAUGGGUUUUGGUUAGAGUGAAGAUGAAAAGCAAGUGGAAAAUCUCAACACCGAUCUUUUUCUUUGAUGUUUCUUCAGUUUUCCAUUGGUGCAAUUUAUUGCUAAUACUCUUCUCUCUUUAUUCAUGAUUCUGAUGUCUGACGUCUGUACAUUCCAGUUACAUAUAUACUUUCAUUAAUGCAGGAGAGAGAGAGCGACAAACAGACUUUCCUUUCAGCUCCAAUUGAUAAAAAGAAAAGCUGA